CAGAUCUGUUGUCUCUGUGGGAUCUACAUUUGUAAUGAGACUCGGAUGUUUCUCCAAUUCGCGUUUUAGUUUCGCGUACGUUUGUGUUUAGUGUGACUUUUUACAUUAUUUUUUUAUUAAUUUGAGGUUCAAAUUUAGUGUGUAAUUAUAGUGUAUAAUAAGUGCUUGUUAAAAUUAUAGUGCCUAGACAAUAUUAAAAUAUGAUGUAUUUAUAUUGUUAUAUAAAGUGGCAUAUUAAUGGAUCGCACGCCAUGUGACAAGUACGGCCUUUAGUAAAUACGACUUUUUGAAAGUUUGUAAUUAAGAAAAUACGAAACUAAAGUUUCCUCCAGUGUAAUGUUAUUUGACUAAACAAAUAAAAUAUGUCACGCGAAUAACAAAUUUUACUUAGGAAUUAUCAUUUUUCCAUGGAAUAUCAUAGUUGAUAAUAACAUAGUUUGUGGUGUAAUUAGUAAAAUAAUGUAAAUUAAUAAAUUCGUCGUAGUGGAUAAAAAGUGUCAUUCGUGAUCGGUAAUUACAAUUUUUGAUAGUUUGAGUGAUGAUCCAAUCGUAAAUAGUGGUUUUAGUGCGCGAGUGAACUGGACAAUGAUUCAUUCAAAGAUGUUGCUGGGAUUGGCGAUUUGUUUGCUGCUGACAAAAGAUGUGAAUGCAGUAAGCUGGGAGGAGUGGUGGACGUACGAUGGAAUUUCAGGUCCUGCAUUUUGGGGUCUAAUAAACCCUGAAUGGUCACUAUGUAACAAAGGUCGAAGGCAAUCACCCGUAAAUCUGGAGCCUGACAAACUUUUGUUCGAUCCAAAUCUGAGGCCCUUGCACAUUGAUAAGCAUAGAAUAAGUGGAAGUAUAUUAAACACUGGCCAUUCUGUGAUAUUCAGUGCGGACAACGAGUCCAAUCCUGGAGGAAUUGGUGGAGGGGCCCCUCAUGUAAACUUAACAGGAGGGCCCUUAUCUUACAGAUAUCGGUUUCAGGAAAUUCAUAUUCAUUACGGGCUCCACGACCAAUUCGGCUCUGAACAUAGUGUAGGAGGUUAUUCGUUUCCAGCAGAAAUCCAGAUAUACGGCUACAAUUCUCAGCUGUACACGAAUUUCACAGAAGCUUUAUCCCGAGCUCAGGGCAUCGUCGGCGUCUCGCUACUCUUACAGCUGGGAGAUCUAUCCAAUCCUGAGUUGAGAAUAUUGACGGAGCAGCUGGAUAAGAUACAAUUCGGAGGAGACGAGGCUCCAGUGAGAAGGUUAUCGAUAAGGGGUCUGCUGCCGGACACAGAACAAUACAUGACGUACGAAGGUUCGACGACGGCCCCCGCAUGUCACGAAACUGUCACUUGGAUUGUGAUAAAUAAGCCUAUCUACAUCACCAAGCAACAGUUGCAUGGUCUGAGAAGAUUAAUGCAAGGUGGACCAGAACACCCAAAAGCGCCACUUGGAAACAAUUACAGACCUCCUCAACCUCUUUGGCACAGGCCUGUUCGGACAAAUAUAGAUUUCAAAGUAAAACACACGCAAGGAGGAAAAGUCUGUCCAACGAUGUACAAAGACGUUCAUUAUAGAGCAAAUAGUUGGAAACAGCAUUGAGAUGGUGUUUAUUGUGAAAAUGUUAAGUUAUUGGUGACUAGAUGUCUACAGAACAUUAAAUAAUUAUUUAAAAUAAAAAAUAUGUAAAGUUUAGUUUAAGCAAUGUGUAUUGAAUGCGUUUUAGUGAGCUUUUGAUAGUUUCAGUGACAUAUGUGAAUGUUCUAGUAAGAAAAAU